AUGCCCGUCGUCAAGGGAGGCGUGUGGACCAAUAUCGAGGACGAGAUCCUCAAGGCCGCUGUCAGCAAGUAUGGCCUCAACCAGUGGGCGCGUGUGUCGUCGCUGCUGGCGCGUAAGACGCCGAAGCAGUGCAAGGCGCGAUGGAACGAGUGGCUGGACCCCAGCAUCAAGAAGAUCGAAUGGAGCCGCGAGGAGGACGAGAAACUGCUUCACCUGGCAAAACUUAUGCCAACGCAAUGGCGCACUAUUGCCCCGAUCGUCGGUCGUACUGCCAACCAGUGUCUCGAGCGCUACCAGAAGCUCCUCGAUGAGGCCGAGCAGCGCGAAGCGUCCGAACUGGGCUUGACGGGCCCCGAUGGCGGCGAAACUCGUGCCCCGACUGCCGAAGACGUCAGAAAGCUGCGGCCGGGCGAAAUUGACCCAGAUCCCGAGACGAAGCCCGCCCGUCCCGACACGAUCGACCUCGACGAGGAUGAGAAAGAGAUGCUGAGCGAAGCCCGUGCCCGUCUGGCCAAUACUCAAGGCAAGAAGGCCAAGCGGAAAGCCCGCGAGCGGCAGCAGGAGGAGUCGAGACGUCUGGCUGCGUUGCAGAAGCGCCGCGAGCUCAAGACGGCCGGCAUCAAUAUCAAGAUCACGACCCGGAAGAAGGGCCAGAUGGAUUACAACGCCGACAUCCCCUUUGAGAAGAAGCCGGCUCCCGGAUUCUACGACACGACUGAGGAGAUUGCUCGCAACGAGUGGCAGCGUGCCCAUUUCGACCCUAAGAAGCAGCAAGUGGGCAACAAGCGCAAGAGCGACGAGGAGGAAGAGGCCGAGCGCAAGAAGAGGAAGAACAACAAGGAUGGGCCUUCGGCAUCUCUUCAGGCGGCCCUCAAGGCUGGCCAGAUGCAGAAGCUGCGUGAAGCCGAGCAGAGCAGCAAGCGGAAGCCUCUGAUACUUCCCGCUCCGCAGGUCAGCGACAGCGAGCUGGAUGAGAUCGUCAAGAUGGGCAUGAUUGGCGAGCGGGCCAGCGCCAUGGCUCGCGAGAGCGAGAACGACGCUACUCGUGGGCUUGUCGGUAAUUACUCGACCCUAAACACUGGCGCGCCGAUCCGGACACCAAGGGCUCCUGCCCAAGAAGACCAUAUCGCCAACGAGAUCCGCAACAUCAAGGCUCUUACCGAGACGCAGUCGUCACUGCUCGGCGGCGAGAACGCUCCCUUGGCCGAAGGUGCCGGGACGACAGGCUUCGAGUCGGUCGUCCCCAAGAAGCAAGUUGUAUCUACACCCAAUCCGCUCGCAACUCCGCUGCGCCAAGGGCCCAAUGGCGGAGCGACGCCGCUGCGGCCCGGGCAAACACCUCUGCGGACGCCCCGCGAUACCUUCUCUCUUAAUGCCACCGAUGGCGUGUCAAUGGAGCAUGCUCUCCGGCAGCAGCUGAAGCAGAAGCUCGCAGCGCUGCCGAAGCCGAAGGAGACAGAGUGGGAGCUCGAGCUUCCCGAGGAGAAACAGGAGCCUAAGACACAAGAGGAGCUGGAGGAAGAUGCCGCUGACCGGGACCGGCGCGAGCGGGAGCUCCGCGAGGCCCGCGAGCUGGCUGAGCGCCGGAGACGUACCCAGGUCAUGCAGCGUGAGUUGCCACGGACAGCUGUUGUCGAUAUAGACGCUUUGCUCCGUGCAGCGGACGAGAUCGAGGACCCUGCGCGGGCCCUGGUCGCCCGUGAGGCUGCCCUACUUAUGGCUCAUGAUGCUGCCAAGUACCCGUUGCCGGGUGCUCCGCCGGGAGUCAAGCCGGUCGAGAUCCCACGGUUCAGCGAUGACGAACUUGCCGAGGCCAGGUUACAGAUAUUGAUGGAGAUGAAGGAGAAGCCUGCGCCAGAGGUAGUUCACGCUAUCUGGAACAGGCGGGAGGAGAAUCUUAAUGCCCUUAGGCUAGGCCUGGGAUACUACGACUCGGACAGUGAGGAUGGGGAGGAUGACGUGGCUAACAUAAGAGCAACUCUCGAGGCUGCCCUUGACCGCCUCAUGGCCUCUGCGGAGAAAGGCAACAAGCUCGAGAAGAAGCUCAACCUGCACCUCGGCGGGUACAAGAACCGAGCUGAGAUGCUGCGCAAGAAGCUCGGCGAGGCGCACGCGGCCCUGGAAAAGGCGCGCAACGCGUUGGCCGGCUUCCAGGUACUACGGGCGUCCGAAGAGCAAGCUAUCCAGCGGCGUUUAGAGGCGCUACGGGCCGAGGUUGCCUUCGUCAGCACCCGCGAGCGUAAGGCCCAGGAGUUAUACAGAAAGUUACGGGACGAGUUGGAGGAGUUGAGGCUUGAACAAGCGUAA